GCGGUUUACGAAGCAUUAACAACAAGCAUUUAGAUUGUUUGAGUAACUGUGACCGGCCAUUUGGCUAAAACAUCACCGAUAAAAGACAAUCCCAUCGAUGUCUUACGACCAGAGUCAUCCCGGCCCGAGCCGGCAAAAUAUGGCUACCUACCAUCCAUUCGACAACAAAUACGACUAUUCACCAUCUCCAAACCUCACAGCAGCCGACAGGCUCCGCUCGAUGGGCCCCAGACAUGGCAGAGGAUCGUUCAAUGUGAACAUGAACCCUAUGAGCUCGAUAAAUCCCACGAAUUUCGACAACUCGAACUUCCACCAAAGACUGCCUUCCCACCAAUACCACAAUUACUAUUCAAAAAACAAUUACUCGAAUCGAGAGAACAUUCAUUCAGAGAAUAGAGCGAAGAAACGCGACAAAAGGAACGCUAAUGCUAGAAGAAACGAGAAGGAUACACCACCAGCGACUGUGAGGGUAAAUAAAUCCGCCGAAACAAAUACAUUCAAUUGCCCGAAUUGUACACUACAAUUCGACUACUACUCGGUCCGAGGCAUAUUCUUGACGGGAAGGGUACCGUUGAUACUCGAAUGCGAACACACCGUUUGCCAGGAAUGCAUUCACAAAUUAAUCAGAGAGAACAAACCGAUCGUUUGCGGCUCGUGCAAGGCUCAGUCUACACCCCUAUCAUUCGGCCCAUCGAAAAAUACGGCCCAAGAUUUGCAAGCCAAGUUUACGCCGAAUUACUACUUGCUAGGCCUCCUGCUGUGCAGGAAAAAUUGCGGGAACGACCCCAAUGCGAUUGGUUUGGUGCCAGCUCGGAAAACCGCAAACGAUUUGAGCUUAUUUCAACCGAGAACUGGCGAAGCGUGUUGUUUUCUGUCCUGCGACAAGGAAGCAACACUUCGUUGCAUGGAUUGCAGCGAUGUAUACUGCCAAAACUGCUGUACUAUCGUCCACAAAAGCGCCAAAUCGUUGUGGUCCCACAAACAGGUGCCUUUGAUCGACGAUAAGAAGGUUUCGUUUUUGUUGGAGAAAUGCAAGGAACACGAUAUGGCCAUGGAAUACGCCUGUAAGACCUGCGACGUGGAGGUUUGCUGUUAUUGUUGUGUGGAUGAUCACGCGAAUCACACCAGAGAGCAUUUGAGCAAGUUGAACGAGGAGCAAAUGAAGAAAUUGUCGAUCAAUAAAGUCCAUGCAAAGAGAUUACUUAAGCAUCUACAGAAAUCUCAACGUAAAUUAAGCGAAAUAUACGCCUCCUGUACGUCGAGUGUUGAGAAAAAAAUCACUGAUUUCUUCAUAAAUCAUCAUGCCAAAUUGCAAUCGAUCGAGGCUGAUUUAAAGCGACAAUUGAGCAAUUACUCAACGGCCGGUUUAAUUACACCAGAUCUGAAUGAUAUUAAUGGUAAAGUUGCAGCUUCUAUUGAAAAAUUGAUGGGGAUAUUGGUCACUUGCGAAACUAAUGACAUGAAAAAACUGAACUUGAAAAGGCUCUCUGAUUUGUUGGAAAAUGUAGAAGAUACUCCAAGCUAUUUGCUUUUUGAAGAUGCUAAGGAUGUUCAACUCGUCGAAUUCCAAACUGAUGAAAUCGUCGAUAAAUUCCAAGAGUUGUUUAAAUUAAAAAAGAUACAAUCCGGUUGUAUUCGAUUAGUUCCUGAAAAGGACUUGCCGCCUGGAUUUCAGAAUUCCUUGGAACAAGAAUGCGAAACCGAUGAGGAGAGCAACACUAGUCGAAACACGAGCCUAACAUCCCAACAAGAAGAGGAAAUUAUAGAUCAACUCAAGCUGGCUCACCAGACGAAAAAGAAGAAGAAACGCUCAGCUACCGCCCAUUGCGUCCCGUUGGAAAACGAAUUAGUAGAAGUGACACACAUCGAAAGCCUCUACUGUUUCUAUGUUCAAUUGAAGAAGACCCAGCAGCAAUUUCGAAAUAUGUGCAAGGAAAUCGAAGACUUUGUCAAAUUGGGUGCUUCUACAGUGGAGACACCAGUAUUACACGAUAUUUAUUUGGUGCUGUAUCAAAUGAAGAACGAUAAAUUAUGGGCCAGGGGCAGAGUGAACGAUGUAGUGAAAAAAGAUGGCGUUCAACUUUACGAAGUAUUUUUCAUCGAUUUCGGUAGCAAACAGAUCGUUGAUGUAUCUAGAUUGAGGGAAAUAACGCCGAUAUUUUCAUCGAAAAAAUCGUUUGCAAUUGAAUGCGAAUUGUACAAUCCGACUAACGCGUCUUGGAGCAAGGACGCGCAUAUUUGCAUGGCGAAAAUGUUGAAUGGCCAGCAGGUUUCCAUGUUGGUUAAAACAUUGCAUAGCGGCGUGCACGUGGUUGAUCUGUUGGUAUUUACAUCAGGCAGAGGAUCGGCUUCGAUUAUCGAUAUUCUAAUUCACACUGGUAACAACGUAUUGAAAAGCGACAACGAAAGUACCAGUUCCAUUACGAAGCAAAGUUACAGUGCCGGUCAUAAAAUAUUCGUCAAUAGCAAAGAGUUUGCGACGCGACAAGAGGAAUUCGUAAUUUUGGCGAACGUUUUGGAUCCUCAUCGGAUAUACGUGCAUUUGGCCAGUAAUUCGGUAACGUUAAAAAGGCUGUGUGAUUCGAUCAAAGCGAUGUACAAACAUUCCGACAAAGACAAUUGUCUCCCCGUUGAAGGAACGUAUGUAAUCGUCGAAUACAAAGAUAACGUUAGAGGGAAUUGGCACAGAGGUCUUGUUAAACACGUCGAUUUUACCAAUGAAACUUGUUGUGUUUUAUUGGUAGAUUGGAGCUUGAACGUCAACGUCAGUUGGUCGAGCAUCAAACGGAUACAAGAAGAAUUUGUCAAAUUCGAAAGCCAAGCAAUUUUGGUGAAGCUUGCCGAUAUCGAACCGUUAGAAAACGACAUUUGGUGCGAAUCGGCGAUCAAUUACUUCCAGAAAUACUACGAAGAUCGAAAAACAUUGAAAAUGAUCGUUUCUAACACUGAACCGUUGGAAGUCGCCCUGUUUGAUGUAAUCGGAGACGCCGAUAUUUGCCUAAACGCUCUCUUAGUCGAAGAAAAAUUCGUUCGUUCCACCGGAAAAAUGUCUCAAGUGGUCGAAUGGUCUCGCAGUAACGUAACAACGAAUGAUCCAAGCGAAGACGACGGUUUGAUAGAGAGCAUGUUGAAGAACAUCGAAGAAACCAUAGAGGAGGAUUUCGAUGACAGCGUUUCAUCGAGCGACAUUUCGAAAGGAAGCAUCAGAGAGAAAAUCGAAAUCGUAAAAUUCGUAUCGCCCGAUUUGAUUUACGUGAAAUCGCUGCGCAACGAAGAGAAAGAACGGAAACUGUUCGAAGAACUCCGAGCUCACUACAGCGAACUGCGAACGACUCGGGAAAAAUGGUGUAAAGACGAUGAGUGCGUUGUAUUGUACAACAGGAGCUACUACAGGGCUAAGAUAAUCGAAGAAAUCGACGGAAAUAGAUACAAAGUGGAUGUUUUCGAUAAAGUUGUCGAAGCGAUUGUGGCGUUGGAAAAUAUUUACGAAUGUAUCCAAUAUUUUACAAAAUACGGCCGGUUCGUGUUCAGUGCGCAUUUGGUUAACAUCGCUCCGGCAGGUGGGGAUAAAUGGAGUUUAUCUUCCAUCGAACUACUUGAAAGAUUAUUCGAAAAGCGUAGAGAAAUAUGUGCCGUCCGGUAUUUGACGGAUGGUACCGGCCAAUCCACGCCGAUGGAGAUGUGGUACGUGCACAGGCGAAUCGUCGGAGCCCUCGAGCCCCCCGUCACCAAAUACGUCUCGUUGUCCUCUUUGCUGGUAAACUUCGGCUUCGCCUAUAAAAAAUCCAAUUCGUCGUUGGCGGAAUCGGAAUCCAACUGCUCCGAGGACGUGUCGAUUAAAAAUUCGACGGAAAUUCGCGGAAAUUCAUCGUUGAAUUGGAGCGACAUUGUCGAGGAGGAGGAGAAGAAGGAGGCGCAGAAGAAAGGAAAUUAUUCCGUGGAAACUGUGAAGGAUCUGGAUUGGUUGCCGCCCUUUCCAGUUACCGAAGGGGAGCAUGACGUUUGGGUAACGUGCGCCGAAGGCGAUGGGUUUAUUUACGUAAGGGAGAGCGAGAUGCAGCAGGCUUACGAGGAAAUGAAAAAGCACAUGAAAGAAUACUUCGAAGAUCUACCCAACAAAAACGAAGACUACAUGUGGACAGAGGGGAACGUAUGCACCAUGUAUUAUGAGGAUUAUUUUUACAGAGCGAAAGUUUACGAGAUUAGAGCUCCCGAUGAUAUUACCGUAGUGAUGAUCGAUUUCGGUAGCGAUCAUAAAGUCACAAGAAAGGAACUCUAUCGCGAAAUACUUUACCCGAAAAUACCGGCAUUCGCUUCGAAAGUGAAACUGGACAGGGUUUAUCCGAAAUCCGGCGUUUGGAUGGACUCCGAUAAUCAGGCGGUGUUGGAAACCCUUACGGAAUACGGAAAAAUCGUCGUUACCGGCACAUCUAACGAUGGAUUUCCUUUAGCCGAAGUCUAUACCAGUACCGGUAUUAAUGUUAACGAGUUCAUCGUCAAGAAAUGUCCGAAUUUGACGAGGAAAUUGAACGUUCAACAUGAAUGCGUCGACGACGAAGAGGACGCCAUUAUAAUCGACGAACCGGAGGAAAAUAUUCCUCCUACUAUAGACACCACCAAUUACGAAUACAAAUUAGUAAAUCUACCAGACACCGAGGAUCUCUUCGAAGUCACCAUAUUGUACACGUUCGGCUACCAAAAAAUCGCCAUAAAAGAAUCCUCCAAAAUGACCGAUAGUUUUUUCGCGAUGACCGAUCGAAUGCAAGAGCUCGCUCCUCUGCAACCGGUCAUAGACGUUCCUAAAAUCGGUACGCCUUGCACGUGUCGAUUCUUCGAAGACGGCAAAUGGUACAGGGCGCAAAUAUACGAGACCGACGCUGACGCGUGCGCCUUCGUCUUCGUCAUGUUCGUGGAUUUCGGUAAUAUCGAAUCGGUGUCGGUGAACGAGGUGAGAAUGAUGCGACCCGAAUGGUUCGAGGAGCCCGUGUGUUGUCAUGUGGCCGAGUUGGAUAUCGAGAUGGACGGGAAACGGGCCGCGUACAACGUGCAACACGUGACACAGCACGUUAAGAAUUACUGCGGCGAGACGAAAAAGGCGAAGAUCGUUAGAAGGGAGCCGCUUUGCGUCGAUUUGUACGAAUCGGAUGGCGUUACUUUGUGUUACGGGUGGUUGAUGAAGAAAGGUUUGAUCAAGCCGAAGAAUGAAUCGUUGGGGAGUUCAUGUUGAUAAUUGAUCAACAUAUUUUUAAGAAGUUUUCUUUUUCGUUAAUUUUGUAUUUGGAAUAAUUCCUUUUGUACGUUUAAAGUUUUCCAUUAUUAAUAUGUGUUAGAGAGUAAAAUAGUUUAUGUU